AUGGCUCUGGCCAACCUCACAUCCGCCCCAGAGUUUGUCCUCCUCGGCCUGAUGGAUGGAGCAGACGCCCACCCUCUCUUGUUCCUGCUCUUCCUUAGUGUCUACCUGCUCAACGCCCUGGGCAACCUGAGCAUGGUGGUGUUGGUGAGGUCUGACAGCACCCUGCACUCACCCAUGUAUUAUUUCUUGGGUCACCUGAGCCUCGUGGACGUGUGCUUUACCACCGUCACGGUGCCCCGACUGUUGGCCGGCCUGCUGCACCCAGGCCAGGCCGUGUCCUUCCAGGCCUGCUUCGCUCAGAUGUACUUCUUCGUGGCCCUGGGCAUCACCGAGAGCUACCUGCUGGCGGCCAUGUCAUACGACCGCGCGGUGGCAGUGUGCCGGCCGCUGCACUACGGGGUGCAGGUGACGCCCCGACGCUGCGCCGCACUGGUGGUGGCGUCCUGGGCUGUGGCGCACCUGCACUCCCUGCUCCACACGCUUCUCAUCUCCGCGCUCGCCUACCCACACACCGCCCCCAUGCGCCACUUCUUCUGCGACAUGACCGUGAUGCUGAGCCUGGCCACCUCAGACACGUCCACCGCAGAGACUGCCAUCUUCUCGGAGGGCCUGGCCGUGGUGCUGACCCCACUGCUCCUCGUGUCCCUCUCCUAUGCGCUCAUCCUGGUCGCCGUGCUCAGGGUUAGGUCGGCCGUGGGCCGGCACCGCGCCUUCUCCACCUGCGGGGCCCACCUGGUGGUGGUACUGCUUUUUUUUGGCUCAGUCCUCUCCGUCUAUUUCCGGCCUGCGUCUGCCUACUCGGCCCGCUACGACCGCCUGGCCAGUGUGCUCUAUGCGGUGGUCACCCCUACCUUGAACCCUUUCAUCUACAGCCUUCGCAACAAAGAGGUCAAGGGCGCCCUAAGAAGGGGGCUUGGAUGGAGGAUCCACAAGGCGUGA